AUGCAUCCGAUGCAUAUACAGAAUGGACCUCCAGGCAUGCCGCCAUGCGAUAUGUACGGCAGCGGUAUGCCACCGCGGUACCCCCUCAACGUACCGCGUCGCCCUGUCCGGCCGUCCGAGGGCGUGCCGCCCUCUAUGCCAUACCACUACGCACCGGCCCCCGGAUACAUGCCACACGUGAUGGAUGUCCAGCACAUGCAGCCACAUGCUGGACCUGUCUACGAUGGAUCGUUUGCCGCGCCUCAUGAGGCAUCUCACAUGGCAUCCGGUCCGCCGCCACAGACGCACUACGUGCCAGCGGCCCCGAAUGGUGUGCCGGCGCCCCAAGGCAGCGCUUCGAUCCAUGCUCCCAUCAUGCAUCCGGCGCCAUCACACGCGUACUCCAUGCCACCGUCUCAUAUGCCACCGACGCAGCCACUUCCAUCGGCCCAGGGCGCAGCAUCUGUACCAUUAUCUGGCCCCACGCCCACCGUGUACCUGGCCACAUACUCGUCAGUACCCGUGUACGAAAUCACAGUGCGUGGUAUCGCUCUCAUGCGCCGUCGCUCGGAUGGAUACCUCAAUGCAACACAGAUUCUCAAGAUCGCCGGCAUCGAAAAAGCGCGGCGCACACGGAUCCUCGAGAAAGAAAUCUUGACAGGCGAGCAUGACAAAGUGCAGGGCGGCUACGGCACAUUCCAGGGAACGUGGAUCCCGCUGCACCGGGCGCAGGAGCUGGCGAUCAACUACAACGUGUACCAUCUCAUCCGGCCCCUCCUCGACUUUGAUCCUGUCGCAUCGCGCGCUGUAAAUGCACAGCAGGGCGCUAAACGCAAAGCUGACAACACAGCUAUACCCUCCCAGCCUGCCAUGCCGGGGACGUCAGCUUCAGCGCCACCGCAGCAGCCACGCUUUCUUACCUUGCGCCCGCCCCGCUCCAGCACACUCGGCGCCAGUGCCGGUGGUCUCGUGCACACUCUUCUUCCCAACGAUGAUAUCCCGACGUCGCAUGCUGCUGAUGGUGUCCCGCCUGGCUCACACCCUGCACAGCGCACAGCUCUGGGGGCAUAUGCUGCACACGGAUACGUGCCUCAGGGUGUGCCUCUGCCGCCUGCCGAUAGUGUGGCGCCAUCAACGGAUUCGUCGUCACAUGUCCACGACCUCAACGUGCUGAGUACCACCCCUCUCCACAGUGCCGCGCCACCCUCCAAUAUGGCCGAUGAAAUGGUCGAAAUUGGCGGACCGCGCUUCGCCGAUAAGGCUGUGCCUCCCCAUCUCGGCGACGAGCGUGAGCGGCGUGCGCGUGAAGUGCUCACCGGCCUGUUUGUGCAUGAACAGCCAAGUACAUCAGCCGCACCUCUCGAGCAGCUGCAUGCGCUGCUCCACAGCUUAGGCGUCGACACGACGCGGCGGCAGCACCGCUCGCCAUUAAAUUUGGUGAUUGAUGACCACGGCCACACAGCGCUGCACUGGGCCGCUGCACUGAGUCGUCUUUCGCUUGUGCGCAUGCUAACAGCGCUGCCACCAGCAUAUGGCGGCGCCAACAUAAUUCUGGGCAACUAUGCGGGCGAGACGGCACUGCAUCGCUCCGUACUCGUUACCAAUGCGUACGAACUCUCACAGUUUCCAGAUUUGCUGGAUAUUCUUGCACCGAGCCUUGAGACACGCGAUCACCGAAAGCGCACGGUCCUGCAUCAUAUCGCGCUUGUGGCCGGGCUCAAAGGCCGUACGGCUCCUGCGCGCUACUACAUGAGUUGCGUGCUAGAGCGCAUUUCCAAGAAUCCAGCGGUAUUGACAGGCUUGCUCGAUGCGCAGGAUGACGAAGGCGAAACGGCACUGAGUAUCGCAGCCCGGCUUGGCAAUACCAAUAUGAUCAAGAUGCUGCUGGAUGCAGGUGCGCGAAAAGACUUGCCCAACUACUUGGGCAUUACACCGCUGGAUUGGGGCAUCACGAAUGCCUCGUCACCUGAGGGCGGUGUGCUGAAUGAGCUUGGCUCAUACCGUGCCUCUGAUAUGGUGCGUUCCCUAGUCAAGCCAUCGCCGGGCCCCGUGAAGAAGAGCCAAGAUGUCCGGGAGAAGCUUGUACAGACCCUUGAUGAACUGCAGGUCAUUUUCGACCGUGAAGUACGUGUGAAGCAGGAUGCCAUCGAGACAACCCAGAUACAUCUUCAGGCUGCUACGCGUGAGCUGGCUGCUCGCCGCCGAGACAUCCAGGCCGCUCAGGGCGCAGUCACGGAGCGCGAAAAGAUGCGGCAGCGCAGCGAGAAUCUAAAGCGCGCUCUUGCUUCGUUGCCUGAUCAGGAGCCUCAGGAUGCAGCUCCAGAGGUGACGGAUGCAGCAUGCGUCACUGAUUGGUCCAAGGAUGCACUCGCUGAAGCAGAUGCGGCGCUGGCCAAGCCCGAGGAAGCUGGUGAGAAAGCGGCGACCGCGGCCAUCAUGCGACUUCGCUGGCUCACAGCGUACUGCGAGCAGGCCAUCGCAGCAAUGAAUACCGAUGUGCAAGAGCGUCAUAAACGUUUGGAUCAGCGCAAGGAGAGAUACCGCAAGGUCGUGGCUGCGUGCGCGCAAGUGCCGCCCGACAAGGUCGAUGGACUACUGGACGAGCUGUUGGCCGCAGUGGAGUCGAUCGGACCGGACGUCGAUACCAAUUCCGUUGCUACCUUUAUGGACAAAGUCGGGCGCGCACACAAGCAGCGAUCAGCCGCUGACAUGACAGUCGCUGCACCACGCACACCACCGCCAUCACGACCGCCGCCGCCGUCCGAGCCGCCCGUAGCACCGCCGUAG